GUGUCCAGCAAACCGUCUUUUUCCAUCUGAAAGAGGGAUCCCAUCAGACCCACAGCUGCUCUCUGACCUCCGCCUGACCCCAACAGUGCAAUGUGAGGAACCAUAUCCUGGUGAAAAGAGAGAGAAAAAUAGGACAAAUUCCUGCUCUCCAGCAGAUAAGGAUUGUGACUGAUGUACAUACUUCUGCAACACACAAGGCAGUAUUACAGGACGCACAUAAGAAAACUUUAAGAGACCUAUCCGUCAGUCCCACUCUCUGUGUGCUGGUGAGAAGGAGUAUGUGCACAAGAGGAAACAAAUAGUUCUGCAUUCACUCAACACUCUGGAAAUCAACUGUACAGCUGCUUCAGUUCCCCACAUUGCUCUGUUGGCAUCAGGUGGGGGUCAGCGAGCAGCUGUGGGUCUGGUGGGUUUCCUCCAUCAAAUGGAAAAGGAAGGUCUGCUGGACAUGCUGCUCUACCUAGGAGGAGUUUCAGGGUCUACAUGGUCCAUGGCCUCCUUGUACAAUGACCCACAAUUUAGCACCAACAUGGAUGCAGCAGUGUCCAGGCUGUUAGAUUCUCCGAGUGUUAAACUUGAGCAAGCUGUGGAUUGGUUGGGUGAGAGAGCAAAAGAAGAGCACUUCUCUCUUGCUGAUAUCUGGGGGGUCUUAACUUCAGCUGGAAUUAUGAAACAGAUGGACCUACGGUGUCUUUCAGAUGAGGCCAACAGGAAUGCCACAAACCCUUAUCCCAUCUACUGUGCUACUGAAAAGCACUGCUUUACUCAUGGGCCUAUAGAAGGAAAAUGGUUUGAGAUAAGCCCCCACGAGGCUGGAUUCACAGAGCUGGGUCUCUUUAUCGAAAUAUCUCUCCUGGGCAGCAAAUUCCAAAAUGGAACGCUGCUGGAGAAAAAGAAAGAGAUGGACAUGGUCAAGUUACAGGGUAUUUUAGGCUGUGCGGUAGCUGAUGAGGAGACUCUCAGAGACUUUGUCCCUCAGUGGCUGAAUGUGCCUGGGCAUUUGGACAGUGCUGCUAAGGAGUACCUGCGUGUAUGGAACAUCCUUGAUAAAGUGAUAGCUCUGACCAGAAUAACUGUUCAGGACACUACUGCUCUGAUGUACCUGGAUAAGCUGCAGAAAAUCUUAGAAGACAAGGUAAAUCAUAGCCAGACUGAGUCUGUGGAGGCAGCGAGUAUGGAGGAAAGAAAAACUCUUUUUAACCAGUGGAGUCAGGAGCUGUGGGCGGCAGUUGAGACGUGGAGCCAAAGUUUGGAUGAUGGAGCUUUCAAAACACACGUUUCUUUCCUUAUAAAAGAAGUAAUUCCCCUGAUUGCUGAGUGGAAGUGGGGAACAACUGGAAACUUCCUUUACCAAUACCAAGUGUCCUCUGUUCCAGCUUGCCUCUACUCCAACGAAAGACUCCAGCUCAUAGAUGCUGGACUGGUGAUCAACGUACCGUACCCUUCAUUUCUAGGAGACAAGAGAGACAUUGACCUCAUCAUAGCCCCAGAGUAUAGUGCUGGAAAUAUGUUUGAGACUCUGACUCUUGCCCGAGACUACGCGGCCGAGAUGGAAAAGCCUUUCCCCGAGAUAAAUGACACGAUCCUGGAGGACAGAGACUGGCCGAAGGACUGCUAUGUGCUGGAGGGGAAAGAGAAGGAGCCCACAAUCAUCUACAUGCCACUCUUCAACAGACGGAACUGCAAAGAUGCAGAGGAGUUCAAAGCAAAGAUGGAUGAGUUCUCCACCUUCCAGCGUCCCUUCAGCCAGGAGAAAAUGAAGUUUGUGUUGGAGACGGCGAAAGAAAAUGUGAAGAACAACAAGGAAACUCUGCUGAAGGAGAUAAACAAGGCUGCUCUCCGCCGACAUAAUAAGUGGAAGGCUGGCGAACCAUAGCUCGGUUUCUUGUUCUGGCAGCGUGAACUAAAAUCUUUGAUUCAUGAUAAUACUAACUGGUGAUAAUACUGAAGCUACAUGAAAACAGAACCCAUAUAUAACUCAUCAUUUAAAGUACUGGCAGUGUGUUAUGUGUCUUAUUUUUUGACCAAUGUGCAAUGUGUAUGCUACAGCCGCAACAGCCCUUUUCUUCAACUCCAACUGUUCACCAUUAUCUGGAGCAGGUCUUAUUCAUAUCAGUAUUUGGAUGGAAGAAUUCAGUCUGAUCCUUGUGUUCAUCUUAAAAUGUAUUAAAUCAUGCACGUGACCCCCCCCCCACCAAAACAAAUAAACCCCACAGCGGGACUUCCAAAGAGCUGGGCUAUGCUAUCACUGAGUUUAACAUACAUAAAUAAAAUGUCCAACAGUUUGUGCUACAAGUAACUAUAUGCAUCACAUCCACAACUACAACCUGUGAAAUGAACAGUCCUAAUAAAAGAUGCCUGUAUCUAAGUCAGUCCAGUGAUAACUAGCUGACUAGUUGUUUAACAUAAUUUAUCAUGAGAGAAACAAAGUUCACAUUCAUGUAAAACCUUUAUAAAUAAAAAACAAACCGAAAACAUGGCUAUUUUUAACAGAAGUUUUAAAUAAUAAUGUGAACAUCUUUCUGACCUUGGUGUGUUUUCCCCCUGGCUUG